AUGACGAUGAUUUUGUUCGCCGCUGUCGCUCUUUCACUUGAUCAACAUUGGGAGAUGCUUGGGAGGGUUGCAUUUGUGUGUCGAAGUUGUCGACAAGCUGGUCGUAAUGGCACGAUCAAGAGGCGUAAAGUCAACCAAGAUGGCACCAAAGCCUACAGCACCGCGAGCACGCGACAACAACCGUUGCAUUUGGCCAUAAUAGGAUCUGGACCUGCUGGUUUCUACUCAGCAUAUCGACUACUCAAAGCAUUGCCAGAUGCGAGAAUCGACAUGUAUGAGGGACUACCUUCUCCAUAUGGGCUUGUACGAUUCGGCAUUGCUCCAGAUCAUCCUGAAGCCAAAAAAUGCGCAGAUACCCUAUCUGAUGUCGCCAAGUACGAAGGCUUCAACUACAUUGGCAACGUACCGAUAGGCGACGGCGAAGGCCACCUUCCGCUGACCUCGAUCGCACCACACUACGAUGCCAUAUGCUUCGCGUACGGAGCGUCGAAAGAUAAGAAAUUGGGCGUGCCAGGCGAGGAAUUGACUGGCGCACAUUCGGCGAGAGCUUUUGUAGGGUGGUAUAAUGGCUUGCCAGAAUAUGCAGGCCUCGAUCCAGAUCUCGGGGCGGGAGAUACUGCGGUAGUCAUUGGCCAGGGCAAUGUUGCCCUAGAUGUGACAAGGAUACUGUUCAUGCCGCUGGGAGAGCUACGCAAGACCGACAUCUCCGAACACGCUUUACAAGCUCUGAGCAAGAGCAGGGUGCGUAACGUCAAGGUCAUCGGACGGCGAGGUCCGCUACAGGCGCCAUACACGAUCAAAGAGCUUCGUGAGUUGCUGCAGUUGCGAGGUCUGGCGUUUGUACCGCCUCCAGAGGGCUGGCAGGCCUUGCUACAAGUGGAGACGAAGAAGCUGCCACGCCAGCUGAAGCGCAUUGCGGAGUUGCUGCAGAAAGGCUCGAAGGAAACUAUCGAGCAAGCAGUCAAUGCGUGGCAGCUGGGAUAUCUUCGUUCGCCUGUCGAGUUCCUUUCCAAGAACGGGACAGAUCUUGCAGCUAUUGGCUUCGAGCAGACAGAGUAUGUUCAGCACAUGUCAGAGCUCAUGACAGGUGAGCCACAGCACGAUCUGAGCGCUCUUCGUGGAGCAAAAGUGAGAGGGACAGGCAGGAAAGGCGUCGUUAGUGCACAGCUGGCCUUCCGAUCGAUAGGCUACGAGUCGGAAGCACUUCCUGGUCUUGACCUCCUGGGCGUACCAUUUGAUAGCAAGAAAGGCAUCAUCCCGAAUGAUCGCUAUGGACGCGUCUUAUCACCAGAUCUUGGUCCUGGUGGAGAUCUUACAGCAGGCCAUGUUCCGGGCAUGUACUGUGCGGGAUGGGUCAAGCGCGGUCCAACAGGCGUCAUUGCUAGUACGCUAGACGACGCAUUCACUACUGCAGACAUCAUCGUCGAUGACUGGAAGAAGAACGUUAGAUUUAACGAAGGCGUUGGUGAGCAGAAGGCCGGCUGGGAAGAGGUCAAGAAAGAGGCGGAGAAACGAAGUAUCCGCGCUGUCAGCUGGCAAGAUUGGGAGAAGAUUGACGCCGAGGAGGUGAAGCGAGGGAAAGACAAGGGCAAAGAGAGGGAGAAGUUCAGGACUGUCGAAGAGAUGUUGAAGGUGCUGGAUGGAUAG